UCCACAUUUAAUUCAAACAAAGCCACGGCAUCUUCCGUGUCUCUUUACUUAUAUCUUGCUUGUCUCCAGAAUCCAGAUGGCCGCUGUGCUGUGAGGAUCAGAGAAUCAUAAGGGCGAUUUCUUGUCCCUAUAUUGUUCAUUGAUCAAGAGCAGACCUGUCCUCUUCUCUUGGACCAGCUGAUACAGUAGCUCAUUGGCAGUCUUGCUCCUGUUCAAGUUUGCUUGUAGUAUUUGCGUCAUCGCAGGAGCUUUUUGGCCUUAUUGAAAGCUUCCUUAAAGAUGCUACAACGCCUCUAUCCAGGAGCGUGGCCACACUCGAGUCUUUCUUGUCCUUUAUCUGCCUCCGUGCAUAACAGGCAGUUUUCCGGGGCCCUUAGAGUCCUGGGCGGUAUGCCCAUAUCCAAGGCAUCUUGAGACUACCGCACUCUGCCUUAUUCUGCAAUUGACCCACCCUACCUUAAUAUGCUCCGACUUUAAAAGUCGGCUUGCUCUUUGCUCGCUCACCUCUACGAUGGCUAUUUUGUGCUCUCUCCAGUCUGUUUUCGUGGUCCAGAUCUUCAUUUUUUCUUCGGACCCCACUUCUGUGUCACUCCUGAUCGCUUCUACCAUUUCUUGGGCAGUGGUUAAGCUAUCGAGAUCUUUAAUCUCUAACGUCACGCUAGGUUCCAGAUGGCGGACCGUUGUCUUGUCCCCAAGAUGUUUCCAAGCAUGUCUCCGAAAGCGGCCUUAUCCCUUAGUUCCCCUGCCCAAUUCUAGAACAUUCCCUGCCCUUGUUUAGCGGAUCGAUCUCACCUCUGCCUCCGAGUCCUCCAGUUUAGUUCUGCUACGGAUUUCCCCGAGCACGUCCGCAUAGGUUCUUUCUCUAUUUGACUUGAUCAGGAGAGCCUCCAGGCGAGGGUCUGAACGCCUUUGUUUAUUCUUUUUUUCGUUUGGAAAGGGGGUCCGUCUCCCUGCAGUAUAAAUGUUUUUCUUCCUCAACGCUACCCAUAAUUGGUUUCUUAUUCUGGGUGUCCGUCUCAUAGCUGCUUUUGGUCCACCCUGGGAAAUCCCGGUAACCUGCAUAUCUGCAAGGCGUCCCCAUAACCGCUACCUGGGAAGACGCUAGAUGGGGAAAUAGUAACCCCAUACAGGAAUAAAAAGGAAACAGCUGCGAAGCUUUUGAAGGCUGGCCGAGUGCUGGUCGGCUUCGUCAGCUGCGAAGUCAAGCGAGGAGCAGAAGCAAGACGAUGCUACCGCUACCUCGACUAUGACCACCAUAGUGCCUCGUGCAAGGGACCCGACCGCAGUAAGCUCUGUUAUUUCUACGGCGCACGGAGCACAAGCUCAAAGACUGUAAGGCCAGCGAGCCCACUUGCUUCUUGUGCUCCAAAAACGAUGCUGAACCCAAGAAGCACUUGACCGGAUCAAAGGCAUGCAUAGCUUUCCAGUAGGCCCUUGCAACAGCCAACAAGAAAGGGUGAGAGUACUGCAGGGUAACCUCAAUAGGAGCAGGACGGCUCACCACCUCCUAACCCAGCUCUGCUCAGAGAAAAAAGCUGAUAUUGUUCUUAUCAACGAACAGUACCAGGACAGGGCAUGAGAAGGAUAGUACGCCGACGAAUUGGGCACUGCGGCCAUUUGGAUCCUAGACCCCCGACAGAUACAUGUGUCGGAUCAAAGAUCCGGACGCGGUUACAUUUGGGUGAGACACAAUUCGGUGACUUAUGUCAGCGUAUAUCUCAACCCGAACGAUCGGAUAGACGACUUCCAGACCAAACUGGACGAUCUGGAAGACGCGCUGCGGGGAAUGCAAGGGGAUCUUAUUGUGGCUGGAGACCUCAAUGUCAAAGUUUUCGAAUGGGGGCAGGUCAGGCCAGACUCCAGAGGAAGACGAAUCAUGGAGGUGGUGUCGAAACUGGAGUUAGCAAUGCUCAACACAGGCUCGAUGUCAACCUUCCGAAGGCCUGGCUACGGAGAGACGAUCACGGACGUUUCUCUAGCCAACGAACACCUUGUGGCAAGAAUCGCAGACUGGCGGGUGAUCGAAGAUUACACUGGGAGCGAUCAUCAGUACAUCCUAUUCAAGGUACACGAUAAGAGGCAAACCAUGACAAGCGCAGCGCGACCCCCUCGGUGGAACAUCGCAAAAAUGGAUCGAGAGAGGUUGUCCGCAGCCAUAGAUGAAGGUUGGAGAUUCCAUCAAAUUGCACCCGCGAGUCUAUUGCCAACUGCACAUAUCAGGAUGAUGACCGCAGCAACUAUGCAGUUCAUCCAACAGUUUUGCGCGAUAGCGGUGCCAAAGAAGAGUACGAAACGGCAGAGGCGUCCUGCAUACUGGUGGACAAACGAGAUCGCAGAUUUUCGCAAGAUGUGCUUAAGGCUUCGCCGGUUAGGACAACGAGCUAAGAGAUGCGAUCUAGACACUGCUUCCUUGCAGAGUAUCGAGCGGCCUAAAAAUUAUUGA